CAGCCAUCACCUGUGGUAGCAAUGGUGAUUUCAGGUGUGAAAGGGAUGCUGGUGAAAUACUGGAUUCUCUUCUGCUGCUCCAUGUUCUUUGUGGUCAGCUUCUCUGGAAAGGUGGUCGUCUACAAGAUCCUCUACAUUGUCCUCUUCCUCUUCUGUGUUGUCCUCUACCAGGUUCAUUACAACCUGUGGCGUCGGGUCCUGAAGAUGUUCUGGGCGGUGGUGGUUGGUUAUUCCAUGUUGGUGUUGAUAGCUAUCUAUAUGUACCAGUUCAGAAGUGUGUCUGGGCUGUUUCGACAGAUCAUGGGCAUGUCAGAGGAUGGUCUUCGUGACCUGGGUUUGGAACGAUACCGCACAGUAGAGCUGUUUGCACGUAUUCUGCUUCCUGCUGCGUUCCUUUUGGCUUGUAUCCUCCAGCUGCACUACUUCAACUCAGACUUCCUGACUCUCACUGACCUCAACAACGUACCAGUCAGACAGGCUUCCAGAGAAGAAGAGCUCAGGAAUACAGUUAAUGUGGUAUCUGAGACCAUUAAAGAAAACAUAGAAAAGUUCCAGAAAAGGCUUGUGAAGGAGCAGAUGGGAAAUGGGAGAAGUCAGGAGACUCUGGACAGAGUCGGACUUCAAACCUCCUCAGAAAAAGGAGCUGAGGAGCAGGAAGAGGCAACAGGAGAGGAAACUGGCCCCAGCAGUCGUGACGACAAGUGGUUUGUGAUUGUUGACCGGGUAGGCCAGCUGACAAUUAAGGCUCUGUUAGGGCUUGGCAAGCUUCAGGAGCUCAGCUGGAGACUGCUGGAGCUCCACAGCCUCAAAUUUGUUUCUUCUGGCAUUAUUUGGGUGUCGCUGGAAGAGGUUUCUCUGAUGAACUUGGUUUUCCUGGUUCUGUGGGUGUUUGCGCUCCCAUUCCCACGGUUACGACCUUUGGCGUGCACUAUCUCUGCUGUGUGGGCUUGUGUCAUGGUGGUGUGCAAGAUGUUUUACCAGCUCAAAGUCAUCGAACCCCUUAAUUACUCCUACAACUGCACUGCUGACCUGGUAACUUCUAAUAGCUCAAGUCUUGAUGGUGGAGUGGAGCUGAGGGAGACCAUGGUGGAGCUGCUCAAUAAGUCUAUUCUCUACAAAGAGCCUAUAGACCCCAUCUACUGGGUUGGAGCGCUGCGCAAGAGUGACGGCAGGAUCCUUCCUUGUCUCGGGAACCAUCUGACAGUGCUGGGGCUGCUGGUGUUCGAGGCGACUGUCCACCGCCACCAGCUCUACUUCCGUCUCUAUAACGACCAGAAACCCCCACCCUUCAGUAUAAUCUUCCAGGGCAUCACAAGGCAGCACCUGGAUCUCGGCAUCCUGCCCUGCGUCAAGUACUUCAUCAACUUCUGCUUUUACAAAUUUGGACUAGAGAUCAGUUUAAUCGUGGCAGUCAACGUGAUUGGUCAGAGGAUGGACUUCUAUGCCCUGUUCCAUUCCUGUGCCUUAUUGGCUGUCCUGUCUCGGCGACGCAGGAAGGCUAUUGGGGAAGUGUGGCCCAAAUACUGCUGCUUUACAGCCGGGCUUAUGGUGCUGCAGUACCUAAUCUGCAUUGGCAUCCCUCCCGCUCUCUGUGCUGAUUACCCCUGGAGGACUGCAGUUCAGCCGCUGACCUCUAAUGUCAUUAAGUGGUUUUACCUGCCUGACUUUGCCAAGAACCCCAAUUCUUCAUUCAUAUUCUAUGACCACCUCCUGUUGCUGUGCUCAUCUCUACAGUGGCAGGUGUUUGAGGAGGAGAACCGAGCAGCAGUGCGACUGCUGGCCGGAGACAACGUUGAGAUCAGUCGCAGUCUGGAUCCUUCUUCCUUCAACCAGUUCAUACCAGUCAACAACUUUCUUCACUGCAGGUGCUACCUUGAUAUGGUGAAGGUGUUUGUCUUCAGCUAUUUUUUCUGGCUGGUGCUCUGCCUCAUCUUCAUCACUGGCACCACACGGAUCAACAUCUUCUGUAUGGGCUACCUGGUGGCCUGCUUCUACUUCAUGUUGUUUGGUGGCAGCGUGCUGAUGCAGCCUGUGAGAUACAUUCUGCGACUGUGGGACUGGCUUAUCGGAUACACUUGCUUUGUGAUCGCCAUGAAAAACCUGCUGUCCCUCGGGUCUUGUGGCUACCUGGACAGCCUUUUGAAAAAUGGCUGCUGGUUAAUUCAAGCCUUCAGUAUGUUCUGCACCAUCAAAGCAUAUGACAUCCCUGAACGUGACGAUAAGUGUGAGCUGCCGAAGGAUGAGGCUGGCAUCGUCUGGGAUGCGAUCUGUUUCACUGUCCUCCUGGCACAGAGGAGGGUCUUCCUCAGCUACUACUUCCUCUAUGUGGUGUCUGACCUCAGGUCUUCUAAGAUGUUGGCCUCCAGGGGCGCUGAGCUGUUUGAGGCCAAGGUGAAGAAGCAGAUAGCAGCCAGGCUGGAGAUGGAGAAGAAAUCUGUGGAGACACUGAAGAAACAGAUGGAGAAGAUCAAAUCUAAGCAAAAGAUUCGACCUGCCCAGUCAGACACACCAGGAUCUCCUGCUGAUCAGGAGCAGGUGACACUGGGUGAUGAGGAGAAGGCAAAGAGAGAUGCAGGAAAAUGGUGGAAGCCUUGGGUCUCUCAACCUGGAGUGGAAAAUGACUGUGGCUAUCACCUGUUUGAGAGUGACAAUGAAGAAGAAGAGGAGGAAGAAAAGAAAGAGGAGGAGAAACCACCAAAGAAGAAAUCUGCUCUCCAGCUGGCCUAUAACGCCUGGGUGACCAGCUCUAAAAAUGCCCUGAAGGACCUGAAGAAGGAGAGGAAGAAAAUGAAGAAAGAAGAGAAAAAGAAAGCAAAAAGAGAGCUGAAAAGACAGCAGAGCAUUGAUAGGAUGGACUCUAGUGAUGACGAACUGGAAGAAAGCAUUGUGGAGGAGGUAGAGGAAGAAAAAGAAAACAUCUUGCAGCGCAUCAUCAGCACCCUGAAGUUCAGCUGGGUGUUUGUUCAGUCUCUUCUAGACGACCUGACAGAGGGCCUGAACUCGUUCUGUAAAGACAGCCGGGACAUUUCCAAAGUGCUGCGCUUUGAGCGAGCGUUACUGAACCAGCAGCAAAAGAAGGGCAAAGAGGUGAGCCAGGAGAGUGUAAAGCAGUUUUAUGAGAGCCGGAUGUCUCGUCAGAACACACUGUCCUCUCAAGACGACCUGGACGACUCCUUGCCUCCUCCCUCCUCGCCGUCCACUGUCCUCUCCUCACACCACGGCUACGCCAAGCUGAAGAGCCAAGCUUCCAGAGUGUCCUGGGGCAGCAGCAUUUCCAGCUGUAUGACAGAUGAGACGGCGCUGGGCUCCCGGCAGCUGACCCAGGAGGAGCUGGAUGAGCCUCCCGCUGUGCCUCCUGCUGCUGACCAGCUUAGACGGCGGUUCCUGAAAACAGCCAACAUUGACCUGACCUCCUUUGACACUGAUGAACUUCCAUCAAGCCAUGAAGAUGCCACCCCUCCAACAGAAGUCCAUGAACCAAAGGAGAGUGAUGAGGGGGGGGAGGAAAUGGAGGGUGACAGAAAAACUGACCAAGAAUGCAAAGUGACAGAGGAAGAAGAGAAGGUGGAACAAGAAGAAGAGAAUGAUGAGGUCAAGAGAGAAAAUCCCGAUGAGGAACAACAGCAGAAAGAUGACAAUGAAUACGCUGAGUAUCCAGAAUGCAGCUUACCGGGUUUCAGGGAGAGUGAUGAAGAGAAAAGUCUUGACCUCCCAGAGUCAUCAGCCAGGCCUCUAAGUCAGGAAACAAGGAACCUCACUGCCAGCGAGCUCCUACUCAACAAUAUGUUUGAAAAUGAUGAGAUCUCAGAGUCCAUCAAGUUUUUUACAACUUUGCCGAGGCCACUGAAACUACUGUUUGCCCUCUAUAACACCAUGGUGUCCAAGUCAGAGAUGCUGUGCUACUUUGUCAUCAUCCUUAACCACAUCGUGUCAGCUUCACUCCUCUCCCUCAUCCUGCCAAUUCUCAUCUUCCUCUGGGCCAUGAUGUCUGUGCCCCGACCAACCAAACGCUUCUGGAUGACCGCUAUAAUCUACACAGAGCUAAAUGUUGUAGUGAAGUAUUUUUCCCAGUUUGGUUUUUUCCCCUGGACCACCUCUACCUACCGAGGCAUCAACGCAGAGCGGCCUUUUGCCCUCCCCAACAUGGUUGGGGUAGAGAAGAAAGACGGCUAUGUCCUUUUUGACCUCAUUCAGCUGCUCGCUCUAUUCUUCCAUCGGUCAAUCCUCAAGUGUCACGGGCUGUGGGACAACAAGGAGGUUGAGAUGCCUGAUUUCUUCAAGAAGCUGAAGAAGAAAGUGGACAAGAAGAAGAUGACAGGUGGUGAUAAAGUGGGCAGCAAGGAGAAACCUUCACGCCGGUUGAAGUUCCUCCCUCUCCACGCCUCGACCACCUCCAUAUUUUGUAGAAGGAAAACAGAAGACUCUGCAGGAUGUGGGGAGGUGAAGCUCAAGAAGCAGCACAGCAAGAAGAAAAAACAGCAGCGAAACAAGCCUCCACUGACCAGGAAGCAGAGGAUCCGACAGCAGAUCAAAGAGAGGAUGUUCCAGGCCAAAGCUGCCAUCAUAGAAGUCUCCCUUCAUAUCUACUUGCCUAUAAGGCAGUUUUUCUAUGACAUCAUUCAUCCAGACUACAGCCCUGUGUGUGAUGUCUACGCUCUCAUGUUUCUCAUCGAUGUAGUCAACUUCAUAAUCACCAUAUAUGGAUAUUGGGCUUUUGGGAAAUACUCUGCAGCAGCCGACAUCACAGAGUCCCUGUCAGAGGAUCAGGUUCCAGAGGCCUUCCUGGUCAUGCUGCUCAUCCAGUUUGGUACCAUGAUAGUGGACCGGGCCCUCUACCUGAAGAAGUCACUGCUGGGAAAGUGUGUUUUCCAGGUGGUGCUGGUGUUCGGCAUUCACUUCUGGCUGUUCUUCAUCCUCCCUUGGGUCACUGAGAGGAGGUUCAACAGGAACCCUGUCGCUCAGAUCUGGUACUUUGUAAAGUGUAUCUACUUCGGCCUGUCUGCCUACCAGAUCAAAUGUGGCUACCCAAACCGCAUCCUGGGGAACUUCCUCACAAAGCACUACAAUUACCUGAACCUUUUCCUCUUCCAAGGAUUUCGUUUGGUUCCCUUCCUGACGGAGCUGAGGGCAGUGAUGGACUGGGUUUGGACCGACACCACUCUGUCGCUGUCCAAUUGGAUUUGUGUGGAAGACAUCUAUGCUAACAUAUUUAUCCUGAAAUGCUGGAGGGAGUCUGAGAAAAAAUUCCCACACCCUCCAGGGCAGAAGAAGAAGAAGGUGGUGAAAUAUGGGAUGGGAGGAUUUCUCAUCUUUGCUCUCAUCAGCAUCAUCUGGUUCCCACUUCUCUUCAUGUCACUGGUCCAGUCAGCAGCUGGAGUGACCAAUCAGCCAGUGGAAGUCUCCAUCCAGCUCAGCAUCGCAGGAUACGAGCCUCUGUUCACCAUGAAUGCCCAGGAGCAGAACUUGGUUCAGUACACAGAAGCUGGAUUCAACCGACUCACCAAAAUCUAUGCUACCCAUCCAUCUGCUAUGCAGUUUAUAAUGAACUACUUUGUUGAAGACAUUGUUGUUGCUAAGAUCAAGAGUGAUGCCAGCCUGCUGUGGAGCAUUAGCCCGGCCAGUCGACAGGCUAUGAUAGAGGAGCUCAGUAACUCCUCUCACAUAUACAUGACCUUACGCUGGACACUGCUCAGGAAUGCGUCCAUAUCACAGAAUGCAGUGACGGUGGGAGAACACACUGUUAAGUUUGAGGAUAAGGACUUGAGAGAGGGGAUCAUCUACAUGCUCAAAGGCAACAGCAGCAAACCUGUGAUGAUUCACUCUCUGCUGCCAAAGUUCAUCAGGGGUAAUAAAGGACCAGAGUCCAAAAUGGCAACCAGGAUGCUAGUAGACCUGUCAGACCUGUCAGUCCGCCCAGAACUCCAGGCGCUGGCGUUCUUCAGGCCCAUGUCAGUCAAACUUCAGCAGGUUGACAGGACAUCAGAGAAAGAGGCAGACCAGUGGUGGGUGGUGGAGGAGUGCCCCCCGGUUCUCACCUCCUCUGAGCACCAGUGUCGCAACAUAGAGAUAGUGGUGUUCAGUGAUAAAGUCAGCCCCUCCAGUCUGGGCUUUCUGGCUGGACAUGGGUCCAUCAUGUUUGAAGAGCUGCCGUGCGUGGACCGAGUCCUGAAGCUCUGCACAGACAUUUUUGUGGUCCGGGAAACGGGAGAGAUGGAGCUGGAGGAGACCCUGUUUGAGAAACUCAUCUUCCUCUAUCGAUCACCAGAGACCAUGAUCAAGAUGACCAGAGAGAAGAAAGACAGCUAGGGUUCAGCCGCAUACCCUGUUGGUACGGUACACGUUGAGAUGCAUCCACACUGAACUCCCAUCACUCAAAAUGGAUGUACUAGAGCAAAUAAAACUUGUGAAGUAAACAGUAAUUUCAACAUAAUUGCAAUUAGAACUGGAUUUGAAGGAGAUGGAGGGUGAACUUGUCAUUAGAAAUGAUCCAGUAGCAAUUAUGAACCCUGCUGCCUGUGAUAGAUUAUGAACUAUAUUUAGACCCUCCUACUCAUCUUUACCUUUAACUUUCACAAUCAGGGUAAUCUAGUUUUUUUUCUGAAGUGAAUCUACAGAUCAUGACUUACAUAGGAUGAAUUUAUAAUACAGUUUUAAUGCUAAAACAAAACAAUGUCAUACUGACCAGAACACUCCCCAAUUUGUUAUAGACUGAAUUUGAUUUUAAAGAAGUCAUUAAUAUAAAGAAGACACACAACCCUCAAACCAAUUAAUCUCUACUCUAGUUCAUUGACUUAAGUGCCUGUCAGUUAUUUGCCGUAAUCUAUUCAGUUCUCUGCCCACUGGGCAAUGCAUGCAUUUCUAUUGGUUUUGGAUUAAAGUUUUUACUGGUGUAAAUCCCCUGAAAACAUAUUCCUGACUUUGAUUCUUAACAGUGAAAUUUCAGCAAACCCAUGAUAUACUUAUGGAU